AUGGUUGAUUCAUCAUCUUCAUCGGGUUCUGCAUCGGAUGUAGAGCCUACCGAUCCCAGCAUGUACAUCUUACCCAGGCCGUACAGAUGGGACGUCCUUCGUAAGAGGACGCAGCGUGCUCAUAUUUCACAGCGAGUGUGGAAUACGGAGCAUGUCAAGAAAAUAAAGACCAGGCAUGGGAAGCCGACGGGGGGGCCAUCUACCGGCGCUAUCCCAGAGAUCGAUGCCCCUUUAAUUAGUGCUCUGGUCGAGAGGUGGAGACCAGAGACACCUACUUUCCACAUGACCCAAGGUGAGAUGACUAUCACCUUGCAAGAUGUGGCAGGCAUAUUGAGCUUGCCUACUGACGGGGCUGUCGUCACCGGCUCUACCUCUAAGGAUUGGCCCGCUGCUUGUGGGGCUGUAUUUGGCGCAGUUCCACAGCCAAAUGAGUUCCAUCAUUCAGGCGACCUGCGUAUCUCAUACUUAGAUCGGUUAUAUACCCGGUGGACCGAUCAUGCCGGGGAUCAUGAUGCCGAGAUCUACUUCACAAAGGCACACAUUGCCAGGAUGCUGGGUUCUUGGUUGCUGGCGGACAAGUCUGGAGGCAGCAAUUUCGGUUGUCGGCUAGUCCCGUUGCUUGGGGGAGGAUUUGAUGACAUUGGCCGAUUCAGCUGGGGAUCUGCGGUUCUGUCACACUUGUUCAGGAAUUUGUGUGAAUUGACAGAUGCCGGUCAAUCUGACAUGGGUGGUUGCCAUAUUCUCCUUUAG